AGUCGUUUGUUCUAGUCGUUCUAGUACACAAAAUCCGUCUGUCAUUUUCAAAUUCGAGUUGUUUUCAUAUUUACGCAGCUCGACCUAAUGAAUAUUUACAAUCUGGGAAUGAUAAAACCUACAGAUCAUCAUAUUAGUCCACAUUACGCGAGACUGUAAACUGAGAAGGUUUGUUUACUUUUCAAUUUUUUGUUUCAUCGGAUCUGGCAUCAUAAAAAGUGUGUUGACGAGAUUGCCAAAGUUAUCAUAUGGUUUUGUUGUUAAAUUUCAAACGAAAGACUGUGCGAUGAAUCAAGUCGGUAUUCCUGAAUAUUUGAACAAGAAUUUAAUGUUCAGCAAGUCGGUUCGAAUCAGUCCCAACGAACAAUGUUUCGAUGUAGUCAUUACACGCGGACCAUGGAUUUAUGUGACGAAAAACGGACAAGUGCUAAGUGUAUGUGAUCUUACCGCAACCGUUCUCAAAGACAUUGAAUGCAGGCAAUCCGAUUUUUCGCAAGAAUGUUCAAAGUUGUACGAUUUCGACAUUUGUUUCUCGUACGCCGGUAGAGUGAAGAACGUUUUCCUUUUGCUAAAAAUGCGAGAUAAGUUCAUUGUAAUGUCCAAACGGAACGAUCAGAUUACAGUUCACAAACAGUUCGAAAAUGUUCGCUUGUUCAAAGUGGAAGAAAAGUUCUGCUCGGUUCAUAUACGAGUUGAAAUGAUGGAUGGAAUUUCUGUGUGCGAGGAUUUGUACCGUUUGACUACAGAUGAUCCUAUAUUUGAUGAGGAACGGUUCAGUGGAGUUGCUAAUACAAUUUCUAAGAGAAUUGCAACGGCCAAAGCAGAACUUUCCACGACAAAGUUAGACGUUCAAAAGUACUUCCAUAUCCUGGCAAAAGAAUUAAGAUUCGGUCCGCAGAGACUACACGACUCAGUGGAGGAGAGAGUAAUGCUUGCUAAAUUCGGUGAUAUUUGGAUUAAACGGCACAACGACAUGUUAGUUUUUGGUGUUCCUGUAUACAAUUGCUGCUAUUCGAGCAAACGGCUGGUUGAAAAUGUUCACAUAAAUCUUCUAUCUGAUCAACUAAACCAUUUCAACUUCACUUAUAAACUGUUCAAAUUUGAAGUGGACGAAACGGCUGCACCGAAUUAUGAUGAUAUAUUAAACAAAGACGACAGCUUCGUGUUCCCUUCCUUCGAACAGGAAUGGCAGCCUAGUGAGAAUAAUAAUUUGCCUCCGGACACUGCAGCCAUUAUAGUGAUCACAACUUCUAUUCCUGAUUUCGUUGGUUUCGCUGUCUUGGAAUUCGCCUGUUUUGUGGAAUACGAAAUUCACGACGAAGGCCGAGUUGAGAACCUUCAAAAUUUCGUGGGAAAAAUCAGCAUUACCGGCGACAUUUUCCACGAUGCGAAAUUUUUGGUCUCAUUUGAAAGGGAUAAUGCUUACAAAGACUUGCUGGCUGUAACAUCAACAUCUCAAUUUGUAUUCAUCAAAUUAGUAUUCAUCGAAACAGCGACGAAAGAGAGUUUUUAUGACUUUCUUUUAAAUCAGUUGGAAUUCAGAAAAACAAGCGAAUCUCCAGAAGAUAAUGCAAAAGACGACGACGACGACGAUAUGGAUAAAUUCGAUUUCCUGUCUACGAACCACGUCUUAAAUCACUCGACCGACAUUUAUUUUCUUCCCAAAGAAAGCAGCUAUUGGAGAAACACUUUAAUACGUACACACUCUCAAGGACUUGUCGACGAAUUGAAGAUAUACAAUCAAUGCAAGGGAAAAAUUGCAUCUCUGAUACAAACUCUAAAGACGAAAUUCAGCAAAGUUGAUAUUCAAUUUGUCGAUGCAAGAUGUGAUGCCGUGAAAUUAAGUGUUUUAAGACACGCUUUGCAGAAGGAAGUUCAAUUUGAAAACCAUCAUCUGCGUUCUACAUCUGAUCUUGUUGACGAAAGUUAUGUGAACCAAAAAUUGAACAGGGAAUUCGAAACCGAUGUUGCUUGUACAUAGGACGAAUAAAUAGAAUUGGAGAAUAUAUUUUGUCAGACCUCCCACAUGUCCGAUUUCGAAUAAACGAUAAUAAAAUGAAUUGGAAAAUUAGUAA